GGCAGUACACGGGUUAUAGUUCUCCAUGGGGGACGACAUCCCUGUCGAAGAAGAGUACGCACGGCUAGCUAGCUUAGCUAACGUUCUUUAGCUAAUAAACUUCGCAUGAAUCAAGUACCAGCUCAUCAUUACUCUCGUUCGGUUUCAUACACAAGGAUAUUGACACCAGUCUACUACAAUGGAAGUCCUAAUGCAUCACCUUCAGCAGAGAAUCUUACCCCACCUGCCCAGAGCCUUCACCACUCCUUGUAAGAGCCAUUCAAGCUGUGCUGCUGGACAUUCCCCAAAUCCAACCCCCAUUGGCUCCAUCUCCCGACCUAGCACACACCUUCCCCUAGUAUCCCGCCUCUUCCAGCCCUCCAACCUGCGUGAUGUGGGGCAGGAGAGUCGUGCUCAGGGGGAGAUGACCUGCAAGAGCCAGAGACUGAUGCAGCAGGCAGGUCUUAUCCACCCUUCCAACCCUGGCUGCUACUACUACCUACCAGCCACAGUGCGCUCCAUGGAGAAGCUGGUGAGGCUGAUCGACCAGGAGAUGCAGAGGAUCGGUGGGCAGAAGCUGGACAUGCCCAGCCUGUGCUCUGCGGAGCUGUGGAGACGCAGCGAGCGCUGGGACCUGAUGGGAAAAGAGCUGUUCCGCCUGAGGGACCGCCACGGAGCUGAGUACUGCCUGGGCCCCACCCAUGAGGAGGCAGUGACAGAGCUGCUGGCCUCCCAGGGAACCCUGUCCUACAGACAGCUACCUCUAAUGCUUUACCAGAUGACCCGCAAGUUCCGUGACGAGCCAAAGCCUCGGUUCGGGCUGCUACGGGGGCGGGAGUUCUACAUGAAGGACAUGUACACAUUUGAUGUGAGUGAAGAGGCUGCCUACCACACGUAUGAGUCUGUAUGUCAGGCUUACAACCGUCUCUUCUCCCGGCUGGGCCUGCGCAUUGUUCAGGUCCAGGCAGACACAGGGAAAAUCGGAGGUAAACUCUCCCACGAGUUCCAGCUCCCAGCAGACAUCGGAGAGGACAGACUACUGGUCUGUGGGAGCUGCUCCUUCUCUGCCAAUGUGGAGACCAUGGAACCAGGCCGGACUGACUGCCCACAGUGCCAGGCAGGCACACUGGUGGAGUCCAAGGGCAUAGAGGAGUUCGAUAAGGUGCCUAUGUUCAUGAAGACGGCGCCUGAUGAGAUUGACCCCAUGAAACACCCGGAGCUGGCUGCUAUUCAGUCCAUCAUCCACGAUGAUGACAGACCACUAGAGGAGCAAGCCGAGAGCCUGAAAGAUGAGGGGAACGACUACUUCAAAGAGAAGAACUACAAGAAAGCUAUAGUGUCCUACACAGCUGGACUGAAGAAGAACUGCAGUGACUCUAAUGUCAAUGCCAUCCUGCUCACUAACCGAGCGGCAGCGCACUUCCACCUGGGUAACAUGCGCUCUGCACUGAAUGAUUCUGUCGCUGCAAAGAAGUUUAAACCAGACCACCUCAAAGCAUUAAUUAGAGGUGCCUCGUGUUGUAUGGAGCUGAAAAAAUAUACAGAUGCCCUGCUGUGGUGUGAGGAGGGGCUCAAGCUGCAGCCCACAGACAAGAAGCUACUGGAGCUGAGAGCUACAGCAGAUAAACACAAGAGAGCAGCAGAGAGAGAUGCCAGGAAGGAGAAGGUUAAAGAAAAGAAGGAGCUCAGCGAGAGAGAGGCUCUGCUGGUUGCUAUAAAGGGGCGUGGCAUCAAGUUACUGAAGCCUAAACAGCGUCCUAAGCGCAGCUCUGACAGUGACGAUGAUAAUAGAGGCCCCUCUAGAGACAUGGCAGGCCUGGACCUGGACGGUCUGUGUUCUGUGGAGGCCACAGGGGCCACGGUGUUCCUGGAUGAUCAGGGUGUCAUGCAUUGGCCAGUCCUAUUCCUCUACCCCGAACACCAACAAACAGACUUCAUCUCAGCCUUCAGUGAAUCCUCCAGCUUUCUUGAUCACCUGACUCUCAUGUUUGGAGAGGAACUCCCACCUUGGGACACUAACCGGAAGUACUCUCCCCAAAACCUCCAGCUGUUCUUUGAAGACCACGAGAAAGAGUCCUUAUAUCAAGUCAAUCCAGAGACUCCUCUCAUUAAAAUCCUUCAGCAUAAAAGGUGUUUUGUAAAAGCAGGAAGUCCCAGCUUUGUCAUUCUGGUAAAUGGGUCGCCGUUUUGCGAGAAGUUCUUAUCAGAAAGGAAAACCUUUCGACUGUAAUGACACCUCAUUAAUCAACCUAGACCUGUCAAUCUCAGACUACUGGUAUGAACUCUUUCCCACCAAUCGGAAAGGACUGCACUCCUCUCCACUCCCUGCCCAAAGUAUAUGUAAAAGUGUAGAUGUUGCUAUUUAAGAGCAGAGAUUAAUGUUAUGUUUGGGAGCCUUUACAUUGUUCCAGGUAUCUCCAACAUACUAUGUGAUUGGCAAGAUUGCAGUGUUCAUUACUGUAUCUAUAGAUCAAAUUCUACAUCCGUGUCAACCUGGGAACCUGUCAUAAAAUCUGUUAGAAUUAAGUCACCAUGUCACUUACUAAAAGGCCUUACAACAAAGUA